AUGCCUGUCCCUAGCAAGCAUACAACUGUUGGCUGCUCUCAGAGCUGGGACUCUAGCGGAUGGUACAAAGACAACUGGGACAAGAACAGCGCAUGCGACUACCAAAGGCCUAGCAGGAGAAGAGGUUCGCUGACCUACUCCAGCGACGGUGUCUACGACGGUAGCGAUAGCGUCAGAGUUCAUGGUCACGACGUUGCAGGAGGGUAUGAACAUAAUUACGAACAUUACAGCCAUCCAGAUUCUGGGUUUGAUGAAGAUUAUCCCAAUCGGUAUGAUCACAGACUUGUGAGAAAAUCCUCUGAGUCUGAAAUGUCUUGCUCCCAUGAAAAGCAGGCCGUGAUGACCGGACGCAACUCGGUGCCUCCGCAGGAUUACUAUGGCGACCCUGGCGUGGCACUUAGGCCAUCCGAAGAGGCACGGUUUUAUAGGGAUCAUAUGCUGAACAGAUCAGCGCCGAAUUAUGGGAUGUCAAGCGGGAGAAUGUCUUGGGACCACUCACAGGGGAGGCCUCCCCCUCCUCCUGAGGUAAACCGAGUGUACCAUGAUCCUUCUGAUAAGCUGGUUCACGACGGACAGAAAAUACGCAGCCGAGACCCUUCUCCCGCCAGGUAUGGUGCUGAAACCCCUCUCCCUCGGUACGGGGCUGAACCGCCACCUUUUUCUGGUAAACAGAUGUACACUGAUACCACUGGUCGGCCACUGGACUCCACCAACGCACGACAGAUUACUCCAACGUGCUUAGUGGUGGAUCCCGCCACUGGGUCUCGGUGUGAGAACAGCUUGGAUAGAAUGCUGUGCCCUGGCACACUAAACCAAAGCCGUAGGCCAGCAGGGACAACUCGAAUGAUGUCUGAACACGACGCACACAGGGACGGUUUAAUUUCAAAGCCUGUUUAUGAUGGUUAUGACAACACCAUGCUGGCCCGCAGCCACCUUCCCGCGGGAAUCCCCGGGCAGGACAACAGAGCUGAAUUUCUGAUGCUGCUGCGCUCGGAGGGUUUAUCGGAGAGCACAAUUGCAAACCUGCUACAGCAAGGCUUCGAUUCGACCAGCUUCCUGGCCGUGCUGGAGGAAAAUGACAUCAAAUCUGUGGCCCCGAACCUGGGUCAGGCGCGAUUGCUGUCGCGGCUUGCCCACAGUUGCAAAGCAGACGCGCAGCUGCGGCAGGAGCUGCAGAGCAGUGGCGCCCGCAUGAGAACACGCUCGAACAGCUUCAGUCACAGGAGCGAGCUAAUGCGUAAUGACUAUGGAGUUCCGGCAGGCGUGGUCCCUCCGAUGGAUAAUCCCAGUGCUCAGCAUCUACCAAUGGCUUUGCAACCAAUGUCACCCAGGCUCAUCGGAGUGAGCCGCCGGCCAUCCAGUGCCCCAUCCCAACACCUCCUCGAAACUGCUAACUAUGGGUCCUCUGGGUCUGGAAGACUUGGGGGCCAUUUUCCAAGCCUGACAGGUUACAACGGUCCCGCCCCAGUGGGGCUGCAGAACCUCCGAUCAGGGCCCCUCUACCUCGCUCAGUCCGGAAUAGCAAUGAAUACACAGCAGGCCACUCCGAAUCCAGGUCCCAAAACUGCCUACUCUACUACCUACACUGUGCCCAUAGAACUGAUGACGAGGGAGCGCAGCUCAACCCAGUCCCUUAUGCACAGCCCUCACAACAGUCCUCGGAUUCUCCGCAAGCCAGGAACGCAGGUGGAGGCCACACUGGUACCUACAAGCUCGGCUUACCAGCUGGCGAAUGCUGCAAACCCAAAAGUGACCAGGCGGACUGGACCUCCAGUCAUUGUCUCUACAAUGGCAUCACCUGAACCAAGUAUCCGUCCUCAAAUUAUGAAUGGGCCAAUGCAUCCGCGCCCCCUGGUGGCACUGCUGGAUGGCAGAGACUGUACCGUGGAGAUGCCAAUCCUGAAGGACAUGGCUACUGUUGCUUUCUGUGAUGCACAAUCUACUCAGGAGAUUCAUGAAAAGGUUUUAAACGAAGCCGUAGGUGCAUUAAUGUACCACAAUAUUACCCUGACCAGAGAAGAUCUGGAAAAGUUCAAAGCCCUGCGAAUAAUUGUACGGAUAGGCAGUGGAUAUGACAACAUUGACGUGAAGACUGCGGGAGAGCUCGGGAUUGCCGUGUGUAACAUCCCGGCUGCAGCUGUGGAGGAGACAGCCGAUUCCACCCUCUGUCACAUUCUUAACUUAUACCGACGGAACACGUGGCUGUAUCAGGCGCUGCGCGAGGGGACCCGUGUACAGAGUGUCGAGCAGAUCAGAGAAGUGGCAUCAGGAGCAGCCAGAAUCCGGGGCGAAACACUUGGACUCAUUGGUUUUGGUCGCGUUGGCCAGGCCGUUGCUGUUCGAGCUAGAAUCUUUGGGUUUAAUAUCAUAUUUUACGAUCCGUAUUUGCCGGACGGAAUUGAGAGAGCUCUGGGCGUUCAGCGUGUUUAUACUCUGCAGGACCUGCUGUACCAGAGUGACUGUGUCUCAUUGCACUGCAACCUGAACGAACAUAACCACCAUCUUAUUAAUGACUUCACCAUCAAACAGAUGAGACAGGGAGCAUUCUUGGUUAACACAGCACGAGGUGGACUGGUCGAUGAGAAGGCGUUAGCUCAGGGCCUGAAAGAGGGAAGGAUACGAGGAGCUGCUCUUGAUGUCCAUGAGAGCGAACCCUUCAGUUUCACACAAGGCCCACUGAAAGAUGCUCCCAACUUGAUCUGCACACCACACACAUCCUGGUACAGUGAGCAAGCAUCCCUAGAGAUGAGAGAAGCAGCUGCCACUGAGAUUCGAAGAGCUAUUACAGGUCGAAUCCCAGACAGUUUAAGAAACUGUGUAAAUAAGGAUUACUUUGUUACAACUGCUGCCUGGCCAACGAUGGACCAGCAGGCUGUCCACCCAGAGCUCAAUGGAGCCACCUACAGGUACCCUCCUGGUAUAGUAGGUGUACCGUCUGCUGGAAUCCCAGCAUCCAUGGAAGGAAUGGUUCCCGGUGGAGUCACCGUCUCUCACAACCUUCCCGCAGUAGUGCAUCCGUCACACACUCCCUCCCCCAAUCAGCCCACAAAACACGAAGGCGACAGAGAGCACAGCGCUGAGCAAUAGCACAAUGCAGAGCUCAUGCAGUCUUAGGGUUGGGACCAAGAGACACCGAAAAUAUCAUUAUGAAAAUGGAAUAUUUAUAGGAUAUCUGAGACUUGAAACUCUUCUAGGAAUUUGUACUCUCUACAGCUGCCAGCCUCGAGAAGUCAGUGUUAUCUAUGGAUGGGACUGAAAACUGCGUUAAACUCAAGAGAAUUCCCUUGACUCAACACAAACUAAGAAGUAUUUUACAAAGUGUGUUUUCCGAUGAAAUGUCCCUGUUGAUAAAUGUGUGUCACGUUCCUUCAUAUCUUUUAUCUGUUGAUCACAAGUUUUACUGGGUAGAUUUUUUCUUAUAAUUUGAAGUAAGUAUUCGAUAGGUGAUAAGAGAGAGUGAAAUGUGCUAUUGACAGAAAAUGGUAGCCUUAGGUGUGGAGUUUCAAUAAAAGUAGCUUGAAGCAUUUCCCUUCAUCUCAGGAACAAAACCUUUUAUAUUGUUUGUUGGAAAGUUUGGCUUCAGAUCAUUUGUUCUUCAAGGGGUCUCCCAUUUCUUGAACAAAAAAAAACCCUCUAUGUCAUAAUCUUUUUUUUUAGUACAAGAACUCACCUGGUGUGGAUCUGUCUGGACAUAUGAAUCAAACAGGUUUAUUUUCAGAUACAUCAGUGCAGUUUCUUACCAGUGAGAAUGGUGCAGGAGACAAGAGCUGUAACAUUAGAUAUUGCAGCUCGUCAUGACCUUGAGGGGUUCACGUGGUUACAGCAGAUUUUCUUUCAGUAUAAGAUCACUUAGCUGUGAAACUCAGCAUGGAACAACAGAUUCAAAUUUAAAAAUCCUUUACCAGGUCAUAGCACUACCACACAAAGCUUUUGUUCAUUUCUAAACUUUUCCACUAUCAAAGAUUUUCUUGGCACUCAACACACUGGACGUUAUCAAACUGUCGCCUGAUUUCACUUAAAAACAGCAGCUCAAGUUACGUAAACAGAUUUCAUUAAAGCUUAAUUUUUGCUUAAUGUUGUUUUCAGAUAACAAGUCUCUAGUGUUUUAUUUUAGUUAUAUUCAGUUGCUGAGUGAAAGACUAAUUGAGAUGAAUUUAGUAUUGCACAUUAUUAUAGUCCAAAAUCCUGAUUCAAACCUUUACCUUUGCUAAAUGUGUUUAUCGUGAUUCCACUCUGUUACUAUUUUUAUAGGGUUCUAGCAAUCAUUUCUUGUAUGGAGUUUUAAAGAUUGUUUUUUUUAAAAUCAGGAAAAGCAAAUCGUCAAGUGAUUUCUUUGAAUCUAUGGAAAACGCAUACCACUGCUGUGAGUUGGGGAGGGAAGAGAUACUUGCUGUACCUGGAUAUUAAUCUACCCUUUUAAAAGAAGGGUCAUCAUAUGGAGAUCAAAAGUAUGCGUGUGUGAAAGACCUUGUUUAAACAUUCUUUUCGGCUUAAUGUGUUCUCAUUUAAACUAGAAAGCUCUUUAUUAACGUUUGUUAAAUUGUGUCAUAAACUUGCUGUUCUGUUGUUCAAAUGUGUGCAGCCAUGUUGGGUUAACAUUACUAGUGUUAAGCCUUUUUCACUUGAAACUUUUUUGGUAGCUGUGCAGUGACAGUUUCCAAUUGCAGGAAAAUCAUUUUUUUAAAGUCAGUCUUUCAAUUUCUAUAUUUCUUCAACAAUUUGUGUUAACAGUGAAAAAAUAUAAAGAAUUAAAACUAUUGCAA